CUCGUAAACUGACAACCACCGUACGUAGAUCACAAUCGGCAGUGGGGUGGACUGGGGAAUUUCACCAUGCCGCGGGGGAAGCCGUCACGGUGACGUGACUGUGGGUAGAGAGGCGGACCCGGCUGUGCAGGAGCCGCGUAACAGCGUGUCUUCAGCAACAUGAAACAUGGAUGAAGAGGUCGCGGAAAGUUGGGAGGAAGCGGCUGAUAACGGGGAAAUGGAUAAGCGGUUAGAGGAGAAACUAAGAAUCAGCCAGAGAGAACAAGAGUCAAGUAACCACCAUUGUUCUCCACACUCGUCACUGAAGACGGCCAUGGUCAUCCAGGACGACUCUCUACCGGCAGCGCCGCCACCUCAGAUUCGCAUCUUGAAGCGGCCCGCAAACAACGGGUCGCUGGGGUCUCCCCUGAACCAGAACAGGCCCACGCCGCAGGUCAAGUCCCUGGCACAGCGCGAGGCGGAGUACGCCGAGGCCCGGAAAAGAAUUUUGGGGAGUGCUUCUCCGGAGGAGACGGCCCAAGAUAAGAAUGGUGCAGACAGGGCGGGUCGCAUCAACUCUACGUUGCCUUCAGAGGACACGAGGUCCAACAAUCACGCGGUCCGACAGCCAACCAGCCCCGACGGUACCCAAGGGUUCCGACAGCACAGAUAAUUUUGACCUAGGGGCCACUGGAAGGAAGGAGGGCAGGGGGAGCAGACAUACAACACUACAUUGCUCCAAAAUUCUUCCCGCUGGAGUGGGACACCUCCUCCACAGGAAAAAGCAUCUCCCCCUAGCCCUUCCUUCUUCCGUCGAGACACUGUGACAAUGAACGCCUGGACUCACUGUGAUGAUCCCUUUACAAGGAACACCUCACUCCUUCUCUUCAAGCAAAGACUAGCAAAGAAGAGGUGCAGUGAGGGCCAUCCCUCAGCAAUAAUAAUCAAGAGCUCACUUUAUAGUUGUGCUUUUUUUUUAAAGCUUAGCUCACCAACUUUUUAUCUUUUGCUUUCCCCCAAAUUUUUGGAUUAUUAUAAAGGUUUCUCUGCUUGGUUGUUUUUACAUAAAUCAUUGUUUAGAGGACAUGCCAGCACAGCCCUCGAGAUACAUAAACUAUGAAAUAUAGCCAUUGUUUUUUGGGAUGCAGAUCGAUCAUCUUGCAGUGUUGCAAUGUAGCUUUAUCGACGUGCCCCUUCAGAGCAUGUUGCCAUUUGUUUUGAACCAUUCUUGUUCCUGCUUUAUUUUGUUGUGGGAGGGGAGGGGUUGCCGGCCUUACUCCUUGGACUAUCACAUUUUUCUGUUUAAAAAGUAAGCACCUCGAGUAAAUUAAGUGAGCUUCACGUUGACUUUUUAAGUAGCUUUUCCGCCUUUUAAAUAUGUUGUACAAGAUGAGAGUAAUGUCAGCAGUAUUUUAACCCAAGAACAAAGAUGGAAAUCAGGUUACCCCCAACUUAGUUUAUACAUAAAGCAUGAGUUUCCUUUGCUUUUAGCAAGCUUGGCCUUGCGCAACACAUAGCAACUCAACUCCUUCAAAUGGCUCCAGAAGGAAUCCAUUAAAAAGGAUUGCAUUUCCUUCAUUUUUAGCAUGAACUUAUGCCAAUAUGGUGGCUGUUGUCUGUUUGUAAUGUUUACGUGAUUCCUUGUGCAAAAGAUCACUGCUGGAAUUCUGACUGACAAUGCUAUGAAUGAGGAGGAUGUGCUAUUUAAAUAUGAUCCAGAGACCAAGUCACCAGUUAACCAAGGAAUGCUG